CACACCGAUUCGCGGAACAACGAGAUUUCCGAAUUUGUUUACCUUGGAUGGUGAUAAUAAUAUUAUUAUUUUGUCAAAAUAACUUCAUGCUUUGGGACAGGGUUUUGGAUAAAGUGAAAAAUGUCAGCAGGAUUUAACCUUUCUACCAACAAAAAGGAGGAUGUGUCUACCAGGCUCAAGACACAGAACCUGAAGCGGGCCAAGCAGGAGACAAGAAAGCUGGCAGAAGAAGGAAAGAAGAUGGAGGAACGACUUAUGGAACUGAAAAUGGCCAUGAAUAGAGAGAAAGAAGAACGAGAGCGGCAAGGUGGAGGGUUCUGGAGCCGUGGCCAACAGGGAAACCUAACCACGUACGCAGAUGAGGUUAUUAAGAAGAACAAAAACAAAAGUGCACCGACGAAAGGAAAAAUAAAGAUUUUAAAGGAUAAACCAUUAGACUUGCCUGAAAGAAGCAACCAGCCUGGCACAAUAGCAUACAUUGCUCAACGGGGAGCACACACACCACGGGACAAGCCUAAAGGGCCUAAAUGUGGUCAAUGUGAGGAAAGGUCAGCUGCUGUGUCGUGUGUCCAGUGUUCAGAAGACUACUGUGCUGGCUGUUUCGCUGCAUUCCAUCUCAAGGGAAACCUCAAGAAACACAGAUCUGUACCUCUCAUGGCUACACCAAGACAAUGCUUUGCUUCACCGAGACCUAAUCCUCCCUCCACAAACAGCUCGUAUGAUUUCAACCAGGGCGAUGGUGCUGUUGCUGCUCUCACGCCAGGCAGUGCUAGAAAAGACAGAAACAGCCCUGAGGGUGCCAGUGGAACGUACGAGAACUCGCUAUUACACGGGUCGUAUGAUGAGGCCGAGCAGGCUGCGUCCUUCCAGGAAGCUCUUGGUGCAUGGAGAAAGGGAAAGACAGGGGAAAAUGAGGACCAGCUGGGUACAGAUAGAUCACAGCGACCCAGGACUGACAGGUCACAGCGACCGGGGACUGACAGGUCACAGCAACCGGGAACUGACAGAUCACAGCGACGGGGAGGAGUGCCCUACUCUCCAGUACAGACACCCACUGUGAAUGUAGACACUUCCACUGCCACACAAGAUGAGCAACAGAAUAUUGAAAUCAAGUUCAACAGCUCAAUAAGUUACGCAGAUCGUCUCCUGCUUAAGAAACACAGACGGACGGAUGUUGACGCAUUAUUUACCCCGCGAGAGACCCCAAGGAAGGAACCAAAAUCAGCAAGGGAGAAUAAUUCUCAGAGGGUGCCAAGGGGACUGAGCGGAAGGGGUCCUCGAAGGGAAAAGUCAAACAUGUCCAUGAAAAUCGAAGAUUAUGAUGAUGCAGAAUUGGAUGAAGGGCGAGUAGAUUUUCAAGCCCUGUACCAAGCGAUACAUCCCGAAUUCCAGGGUCAGAACCUUGGGCCAGACUCAUUGUCUAUUGUUGAAGUGGAGGCUAAUGAUAUGAGUGCUGAGCAGUCUGGCGCCUACAAGAUCCAGGAAGUAGGAGGAUUAGAAGCAUGGUCAUCAGAUAUUCAGACAAGACAGGCAUCUAAACCACAGAUUGAGGCAAAGCCACCUGCCUCAGGAAGACCAACUCGUAAAAAGUCCGGCCGGAAAAGUGCAAGGUCAAGUCUUGAUGCCCAAUCAAAAGAUGCAAAGCAUAGUGACAAUGCUUGGCUCAGAGAUGCUGAAUCAGGCAGUAUUGGUCCCACUGAGAAACAUUCAGAAAUAUUGGGCACCAGGCUUAAAGAUAUUGAGAAUGAAGUCCGGAAAGAAUCUGUAAAGAGUAGAAAUAGCAAGAAUCAAGAUAGUCAUAUGAAUUCUCAAGAAAAAGCUCAACUUACAAGAAACAAGUCUGUCCUGUCAAACAAAUCAGAAGCUGUACCUUUUCCCUCCAAAGAAACUGUCAAGGCCCGUCCACCAUCGGCUAAAUCCCGCCCACAGACUGGUUCAAAGGCGAAAAAUAAAAAAGGUCAAGGAUCACAGUCAAGGGCAACCAGCAGGCAGGGGUCGCGACCUACUUCAAGGGCUAACAGCAGAAUUGGGUCUAGUAGGGCAGCUUCUAGGAUAGAUAAUCCGGGCCUACUAACCAAGGCCCCAAGUGAAGCCCUUAAGGACAUAGCGAGAAUGACCCCAACUGGGGAACGUUACCAGGGGAUUGACAGUUUUUUCAUGGUGGGAGUGGAACCGGCCCCACAGGAGGAGAGAACUCUUACACCUUCUAAACAUAAACAAAAGGAUGAGAAGAUUAAAGUCAGCUACCAGUUGUACAGCAUGGCCCCUAAAUCUUGGAAGCCAGAUAUGAGUCUACAGGAUGCAGUAGACACAGAAGUCAUUGAAAACAAUGACGCUGAGGAUGAUCGUGCUAGCUCUGUGAUGGCUUAUCAUGCAUACAGUGAGCAAAUGAUGUCUGACAUCACCGAGCGGCUUAUCAGUAGAUUUGACGAGCUUCCCUUGGAUGAAGAUUCUCUCUCUGAUCAGAGUAGCGGAGGAGCUCAACGAAGUCUCGGAGAGGAAUAUAGAACCUACACAUCCAGAAGUCACAGCCAUAGUUCCAGUGUUCAGAACUCACCCUGCAUGUCAGCAAGGGCGACCCCAGUCCAUAUGAUGCGCUCCCAAACCAGGGACCCGCCAGCCCAAACACCAAGGGGCCAAAAGGACACAGCAGUCCAAGACCCGAAAAAGUCCCCCACUGUCCCAUCCAGUGCCUGUACACCAAGGAAUACUAGUCAAGGCAGAGCACGGACACCUGGUGUAACGAGAUCGAGGGCAGAAGUCAACACUCCUAGACGUUCAAAGACGUUCCAUGAUGAAGAUGAUUAUAGGCCAGCUUCUAGAGCCAUUGUGAUGGAGGGGACAGACUUGAGCAUAUUUGACACAGUUGGGCAGUCUGCAGUACAGGACCAGGAGGAUGAGGAAACCCUGGACCAACUGGAGUGGGAACUAGCCUCACAGUCAGGCAGGUUGACAGUUGAGGGGAAGAUAUCCCGGAUGGAGAUGCCGGACGAUUUCUCUGAUGACUCAGUCAAUAGCAGCCUGGAGAGUUUCAGGUCCCGCAGCCGCCUGGGACAAGAUCAGGGAUACGACAUCAACGCAAAACUCAGGAGAGAUGAAAUGGAAGAUGAUGAGGAGUUGACUGAUGAUGCUACAGAUGUCAGAAAUCUUUUGUGAUUGUCACUCUUUGUAAACCUCAUAUCAUGAUAUGCAUUUACAAGUUUAAUAUUGUGUUGUGGUGUGCAGAGACUGAUUUUGUUCCUGUCGUUGUUUUAACAAUGCAUGUAGUUGGUAUAAAACUAGGAUAUAUAUUUUGUAAAUUAUUGAAAAUAAAUUUAUAAAAAAAAUA